CUGUUGGUGAGUUGCGCUGCUGCUGAUGGAGUCGGUUUCAUUGACCUCUGAUGACCUUCCUGAAGGAGUGAAGAGGAAACGCCGCCCCCUCCGCUCCACCUUAAGCCUCUUAAGGCGGUAAGCCUCCUGCUGCCUGCUGUUGCUGAUUGUUUCUCCCUCAUGGAAGAGGCCGGCUGCCCCGCGCCUCGUUGCCAGGACGACUCCACCACCUCGGAGGCCAUGGACGAGCUUCUGCUGCCCGGCGGCGGCGAGGAGGAGGCCCGGUCCGACCCGGCAGGCCGGGUCAGGGCCUGGCUGAGGGCCGGCGUGGGCGGGGACUGCUGGAGGAACAUGAGGGGCUUCUGCCAGAGGAACGGGCUGCUGACGCUGUCGGUCAUCGCCGUGGUUACCGGCUGCACGCUGGGCUUCAUGCUGAGAGGAACCGAGCUGUCCACACAGGCCAAGAUCUACUUCUCCUUCCCUGGAGAGCUGCUGAUGAGGAUGCUGAAGAUGCUCAUCCUUCCUCUCAUCACGUCCAGCUUGAUGUCCGGCCUGUCCUCCAUGGAGUCCAAAGCGUGCUGCAGGAUGGGCGUCCUCACCGUCACCUACUACCUGUGGACCACCUUCAUCGCCGUGGUGGUCGGCAUCGUCCUCGUCCUCAUCAUCAAGCCCGGCAUGGGGACGGACAUGGAGAGCAACCGUCUGGGCGGCGGGCCGGUCAUGACCUCGGCCGAUGCCCUGCUCGACCUGAUCCGAAACAUGGUUCCCUCCAACCUGAUCGAAGCCACGUUCCAGCAGUACAAAACGGACCUGAUCCCCAUCCUCAGAGUCCCAACCAAAACCAUCCAGCCCAACUUUGUCUACGUCGUCCCCGACGACAACGACCCUAAAGGACGGACAGUCUACCUGGAGCUGACUCCGCCCCCAGACGUCAUCUACAAGACGAGUCCUGGCAGCAGCCAGCAGAUGAACGUCCUCGGCAUCGUUAUCUUCUCCGCCACCAUGGGUGAGUAUGGCAGGGUGUUAGGGCCAAAAUUAAGACUGUUGCACAAGCAGCGGUUGAUACUUCCUUAUGGCAAGAGGCUGCGUCAGCGGUGGGCAGUCCUGGUCCUGGAGGUCCGAGUCCUGCAGCUCUUAAUGUCUCCCUGUCCAACACACCUGGAU